AUGAAUCCAAUGUGGAAGGUUUACAAAAGCAAAGUGCUGAAGACUCUUAAUCCUGAGUAUGAGGAGGACGCUGCUGAGGAGGUCACAGAGGUGGAGAAUGACAUGAGUCCAGUGCAGGAGGAUGAAGGACCCACUGGUGUCUCCCAACUGGCCAGGAAAAUGCAGGGGGCUGGAGCUAAAAGCUGGAACAGACUAUCAUCUCUCUUCAACAAAGACGACGAACACCAGCUUCUAGAGGAGACUGAGAGCCCGCCAGUGGCUGACCACCCACUUGCAGUAAAGCCGGAGGAGCCUCCUCGACCCACCAGGCGCUCAGGAUUCUGGGAUAGCUUCGCAACCAACUGGGCUGCCAAGAAGCAGGCCGAAGCCGCUGCAGCUGCCGCCGCCGCCGCCGCUACAAACGAGGCGGCGGCGGGAGCAGGGCAGGCCGAGGAAGGGGUGACGGAGGCCGGAGGGGAGGAGAACCAGGACGGGCAGGUCACCGAGGGAGAGGUGAGUGAAGAAGGAGGAGGAGGAGGAGGAGGAGGAGGAAGGAGCAACAACAGCUUCUCUAAAUACGUCUCGCUGGGAGGAGGCAGCGAGGACGCAUCCUUCAAGUGGAACUUUGUUACCAGCAAGCUGGCAGAGCUGAAGACCAAGAGCGCCACCAAGACCAACUAG